UGAAGCAGCUACUCCUUGCUGUUACAAUGCAAGCAAGGAAAGCCUCUAUUUUUACAGCCUUCUAUCCCAAAACGACGUGAAACCCUUUACGAUUUCUGACCUAAACCCCUCGUUUUCUCCAAAACCCUCGAUUCUCCUUCACCAUUUUCACCAGGGGAAAAAGGCUUCAAUCGUUUCAUUUCGCAGACGCCCAGCUCGUUAGUUGUUGAGAUUUAUGGUUUUUGGUCAUCUGGGUUUUGUUAUCUGCUUCAAUUUGUGUCAAAGAUAAUGUCUUUUUUGCUGAAGAGUGAGGAUGUUCACAUUAGGGAAGUUUGGAACGAUAAUCUUGAUGCCGAGUUUAAUUUGAUUCAGCAAAUCGUAGAUGAUUACCCGUAUAUAGCUAUGGAUACAGAGUUUCCGGGUAUCGUGUUGCGCCCUUUGGGCACUUUCAAGAACAGCUUUGAUUAUAACUAUCAGACACUUAAGGCCAAUGUGGACUUGUUGAAGUUGAUUCAGCUGGGUCUGACGUUUUCGGAUGACAAUGGGAAGCUGCCCACCUGUGGAACUGAUAAGCACUGUGUGUGGCAGUUCAAUUUCUGCGAUUUUAAUGUGAAUGAGGAUAUGUAUGCUGUGGAUUCGAUUGAGCUAUUGUCGGACAGUGGAAUGGAUUUCAAGAAGAACAAUGAGAAGGGUGUCGAUGCUCGUAGGUUCAGUGAGCUGUUGAUGGGGUCUGGUAUUGUGAUGAAUGAGAAUGUGGUUUGGUUGACAUUUCAUAGCGGAUAUGAUUUUGGCUAUUUGCUUAAGCUGCUUACCUGUCAAACCCUUCCAGACUCGCAGACAGAGUUCUUUGAAAAGAUCAAUUUGUUCUUCCCGACAAUCUAUGAUGUCAAGCAUCUGAUGAGGUUUUGCAACAGCCUUCAUGGUGGGUUGAACAAGCUGGCGGAGCUGUUAAAUGUGGAGAGAGUCGGCACAUCUCACCAAGCUGGUUCUGAUAGUUUACUCACCAGUAAUACAUUCAUGAUAUUAAGAGAGAAUUUCUUUAGCGGGUCUACUGAGAAAUAUGCUGGUGUCUUAUAUGGUCUUGGUAUUGAGGAUGGACAUGAUUCUCAUUGAACAUGAAAUAUUAAUAAAAAGUUAUGUGUUUUGUUA